CGAUUCUUUGUGUGUCUUCCUUCCAGACUCUGUAGACAAUGGGAAGCAAAGGAGGGUUCACCCUGCUCGGGCUCCUGAUCAUCCUUUCUGUCCUCUAUGAUUCAGGUCAUAGCCUGCGGUGCUACAACUGUCCCAACGCUGUUGGUGCGUGCACUUACACCACCAACUGUACCGCUGAUUUGGAUGCAUGUCUCUAUGUCAAAACCGACAAACAGACAGCCUACGGGUGUUGGAAGUUUCAGAACUGCAAGUACGAAGACCUCUCAAAAAAAUUCGUAGGGAGCAAUCUAAAGUACGAAUGCUGCCAGAAGGACCUGUGUAACAGAAGCGGUGGGACGAGCAUAACGGGCACCAUGGCUCUGCUGGUGGCUCCGCUGCUCACAGCAUUCUGGAGACUUCUUAUCUAAAUCAAUACCAGGAGAGAGUCUCCUAACUCCCUGCUUCUGUGUAUUCCUUAUCUCCUUUGCUGCCACAAAAGCUUUCUAUUUUCUUACUGGAUCCUUUGGGGAGAGACCAAAACUAGCUUGAGCAACUUGGAUAAGAGAGAGGGAGAGGCCUGGAAAACCAGUCCUGUGUG